AUGAAUGACACAGAUUACUUUGGAAGUUUACUUGUCAUUUUCUGUGUAGAACUGGCUUGUGGUGUUUGGACAUAUGAACAGGAAAUUAUGGUUCCAGUACAGUGGUCAGACAUGGUCACUUUGAAAGCCAGAAUGACAAAUUAUGGCUUACCUAGAUACCAGUGGCUUACUCAUGCUUGGAAUUUUCUUCAGAGAGAGUUCAAGUGCUGUGGAGUGGUGUAUUUCACUGACUGGUUGGAAAUGACAGAGAUGGACUGGCCCCCAGAUUCCUGUUGUGUCAGGGAAUUCUCAGGAUGUUCCAAACAGGCCCACCAGGAAGAUCUCAGUGACCUUUAUCAAGAGGGUUGUGGGAAGAAAAUGUAUUCCUUUUUGAGAGGAACCAAACUACUGCAGGUGCUAAGGUUUCUGGGAAUCUCCAUUGGAGUGACACACAUCCUGGCCAUGAUUCUCACCAUUACUCUGCUCUGGGCUCUCUAUUAUGAUAAAAGGGAGCCUGGCACAGACCAAAUGAUGUCCUUGAAGAAUGACACGACUCAGCACCUGUCAUGUCACUCGGUGGAACUGUUGAAACCAAGCCUGACGAGGAUCUUUGAACAUACAUCCAUGGCAAACAGCUUUAAUACACACUUUGAGAUGGAGGAAUUAUAGAGAAUGUGAAAAAAGGAAACAAGUUUAUUUUAUUUUACUUGUGAAUUUUUGAGCACACAAUUGUUUCAGAAAUGUGUAGAAAUAAAAAUGUUGCCAUGAAACAAUGCCUAAGCAUGUAAUUUUGUACCCUUUAAAAUGAAGAGGGAAA